UCACAUGAGGCAAAAGUUUUUUGGCUUUUAUGCUUUAGUAGUAUGCUUCACGAAAGCCAAGUUAUUCACGAAAGCCAAGUUAUUCAUCUUCACCAUUCAGCUUUGACGAAAUAUUCACGGAUAUGGUCCGAGAUGCCGAAAAGGGUUUGCAUGAAGAUGCAUCCUAUCUCACAUGAGAAACAACUUUUUUACAAGGACGAGAUAAAGUUUCGAAGCUCUUCCCAAAGGUCAUCAGAUUAUGUGCUCUCAAACAAAAUUGGACGAACCUCACCACCUGUUCGAUCAAAUGCCUAAGAGGAAGAUGAAUCAAACUAUAAGGUUUUUUCAGUCAACUGGAACGGAUUUGUGUUACUGCAUCUGAGACUAUGGAAGCCUAUAUCAUUCUGUGCAACCUUGAUGAUCGACAAGAAGAGCAGGAGAGGAAAAGUUUCGUGGAGGAGGAGGAGGAGUGGGGUAAGGCAAAGCCAUCAACUCUCAAGAAUUCGCCGGAGAACAAACUAAGGGAGGCUCUCGAGGAGGCUUCUGAAGAUGGGUCAUUGGCAAAAUCACAUGAAAUUGACUCUGAGUCUUUGAAUCAAAAUGGCUGCUUGGGAAGGUCAAUAUCUCUUGCAAGGUUUAAUGCCCAGUUGGAAUUCUUGAGGGCAACUGCUCUUUUGUCUGAUAGGACAUUUUGCACUGAAGAAUCCAUUCCUGGCUUUAAUGAAGCCUUGACUUUGUACGGGUUGUUUUCUUGUUUUCAAAUGCUACAGUAUUGGGAUUCAUCUACAUUUAGCUUAAAGGAAAUUACUGUAAAUUUGAGCAAUCAUGUACUUCGUGGGGGUGCAGAGGAAGGUACUGUGGAGCAUGAUAUUAAAACCAAAAUUGUGGAUUACUUGAACAUUCCUGAGAUGAGUUUGUACUUGUUUUUACUGUUAGUCGAGGAUCUGCAUUUAAAUUGUUGCUGA